GAGGCCGGUCCGACAUCACAUCACGGGGAAUGAAUCAUCGCAUUCUUCGUUCCACGGUGUAGGGAUGAUGCUGCUGUCAACGCCGCUGCUCCUUUAAGGCAUCACGGAUAGACCACCGCGUACCCAAAGAUCCAAACGUCGCUUAUAUUCGUUACCGGGGCCCGAGCCAUGGAGGAGAUCCUACGGAAGCUGCAGAAAGAGGCGUCCGGGCACAAGCACAAAGCCCUCCGGGAUGCGUGCCAGUGCGCCUGCGAAACCCUGGAGCUUCAGAAUGGAACAGGCAAAGUUCCACCUUCCAAGCUACGGGAGCGCUGUCUGCUGCCUCUGCAGAUGGCUCUAGAGUCCAAGAGCACCAAACUGGGACAGACCGCUCUCAACGGGAUGCAGAAGCUGCUCUGUGAUGAUCGGCUGGUGGCAGGUCUGGGGCUGGAGGUGGAGAUGUUGGAGAAGCAGCUCCUGUCUCAGAUGCUGGAGGCUCUGAGGGUCACGCCCAACCUGCAUGAGGACCUGCAGGUGGAGGUCAUGAAGGUCCUUCUGUGCAUCACCUACUCACCGAACUUUGACCUCAACGGCGACUCCAUCCUCCGCAUCGCUCAGGUGUGCAUGGAGACGUACGAGGCGAGCGGUCACCAGAGGAGCAUUAACACAGCGGUCAGAGCCACACUCAGCCAGAUCCUGGGAGACCUGGCUCUACAGCUGCGCCACAGACAAGAGGGAGCAGACGGAGAUGAGGUGACAGCCCCGCCACUGCAGAGGAAAGAUAUUUCUCCCACGAGCCAGGCCCUGUGUGAGGACGUGGUCACUGUUCUCACUGUGUUUUGUGAGAAGCUGGAGUCAGUGGACAGUGAUAACCCUCUGCUGCAGCUGCUCUACCUGGAGUGUAUUCUGUCCAUGCUCAGCAGCUGUCCUCCCACAAUGCACCUGUCCAGAGGAUUCACUGACCUCGUGUGGAAGCAGCUGUGCCCAUCCCUGGUGGCCAUCAUGGGGAAUCCCGUCAAUGACAAAACCAUCACUUCUCACCACAGCCACACUGGGACGCUAGAGAGAGACAGACUCACUCUAGUGGGCCUGGAGCUGGACUCUUCUUCUGGGGGAGUGUCAGACCAGGGCAGAGGGUCAGGCUGCUCCUCUAGCGCCCCCUCCAUCACGGCCCCGGUAGUGCGCACCGUGUGUUACAUCGCCGCAGAGCUGGUGCGGCUGGUGAGCUGCGUGGAGUCCAUGAAGCCCGUUCUCCAGUCGCUGUACCACAGGAUCCUGCUGUACCCCCCUCCUCAGCACCGCACCGAGGCCAUCCGUAUCAUGAAGGAGAUCUUGGGCAGUCCUCAGCGUCUCCUGGAUCUGGCCGGUCCCUGUGUGGCCGAGCCCGAGCCCAGAAAGAGGUCAUUCUCCAAGAGGAAGUCCCACCUGGACCUUCUGAAGCUGGUGAUGGACGGCAUGAGCGAGGCCUGUGUGAAAGGAGGUGUGGAGGCCUGCUUCUCCUCCGUGUCCUGUGUGUGCGCCCUGCUGGGGGCGCUAGAGGAGCUGUCACAGGGACGCGGCAUUCAGCCUGAGCAGGCACGUGUGCUGCUGCGGCGCCUGGAUGAGCUGAAGGAGGGCACAGAGUCCACGCGAGAGUCCAUGGAGAUCAACGAGGCGGACUUCAGGUGGCAGAGGCACGUGCUGUCUGCCCAGCCUCCACCCUGGCACCCCAGCUCUGAGCCCAGCCCCGACAUCAGCAUCAGCAUCACCACGGAGACCGGGCACACCACACUCGACCUGGAGGAGGCGAUGGAGCGCACCACACCCGAGGAGUGCGGGGAGGAGGUGCGCAUCCCGUCUCCAUCGUCCUGCAUGAGUCAGGACGAGGAGCUCAGAAGGCAGCUGACCUCAAGACUGGACCAGAGUCGGGGGGGAGAGGAGGACAGGGCAGAGGGGGACAGAGACAGGCCUGCUGCUGUAGGAGGGGUGGUGCCUCCGGACGUCCUGCAGAGGAGUCACGGCCUGGUCUACCCCGACAUCACCAACUUCCUUUCUGUGGAGUCGAGAGGGCGGGGCUAUCACGGGACAGGAUCAGCACGCUACAGCGAGAGCAACUUCAGUAUGGAGGAGCAGGACCUAUCCCGCACAGAGCUGGACUCAUGUGAUCAGUACUCUAUGGCAGCGGAGAAGGACUCUGGCCGGUCGGACGUGUCGGACAUGGGCUCUGAUAACGUGUCCUUGGCCGACGAGGAGCAAACCCCACGGGACUGCCCAGGUCACCGCUCCCUCCGCACGGCAGCGCUCUCUCUCAAACUGCUGCGCCACCAAGAGGCUGACCAACACAGCGCGCGCCUCUUCCUGCAGUCGCUCUCUGCUCUGCUGCCCCGACUCCUGGGGUUGUCCACGGCCACAGAGGUGGACUCCAGUCUACAGAACUUCUCCUCCACCUUCUGCUCUGGGCUGCAGGCCGGGGGGAUCCACUCUCCAGGCCUGGAGUCUGGGGACACUCUGAGCUGCCAGUCCCUGAUGAACGCCGAUGGUCUGUACCUGGUGUCCUACUAUGCCCUGCUGCUCAACCUCAAGCUCCUGUGUGCAGACCACUACAGGAGGAGAAUACUGCCCCCUGUACUCAGCCUGAAAGAGUUUGUGCGUCUGGUCCAGAGCAGUGGGGUGCUGGUGGUUCUGUCCCAGGCCUGGAUAGAGGAGCUCUAUCAGCAGCUGUUAGAACGCAACCUGCUGGCCGAGGCAGGGUACUACGGCUCUCCUGAGGACCACCGUCUGCCGCUCAUCACCAUGCUCAUGGAUAUUGACGGUUUGGGCAGCAGUGCUAUCGGAGGACAGCUGAUCAGGAGGACAUCUGUGCAAUCUCCUCUCUCCUCUGAUAAAAGCACCUGUGACACUGUCAUGGCAGGCUCAGUGUUCGCCCGCUUUCUCCUGAGUGGUGUGUGGAAGAACCUGAUGGAGGUGCUGUCCACCCCCCUGACAGGGCGCAUGGCGGGCAGCUCCAGGGGCCUGUCCUUCAUCCUGGGCUCCGAGGGCCGAGAGGAGCAGAGCCACAGGGAGAGAGACGCCAUCUGCCUCAGCCUCGACGGGCUCCGCAAGGCCGCCGCGCUCAGCUGUGCCCUAGGAGUGGCUGCUCACUGCGCCUCUGCUCUGGCUCAGAUGGCUGCAGCGUCCUGUGUGCAGGAGGAGCGGGAGGACAGGGAGCAGCUGGAGAUUGGGGACGCAAUCACACAAGUGAAGCAGCGUAUGGAGCAGAGGCUGGAGCAGAUGCGGGGCCCCGGGGUCCGUCUGCACACGGCCCAUGUGCUCUGCAUGGACGCCAUCCUCAACGUGGGGCUGGAGAUGGGCAGCCACAACCAUGACUGCUGGCCUCACAUCUUUAGGGUGACGGAGUACAUCGGCUCUCUGGAGCGCAGUCACUUUAGUGACAGCUCGCAGCCCUCCUCCCUCACCACCAUCACACAGACCCUCCACAGCUCCAGUGUGGACCAGGGGCUGGAGCUGAGCACUGAGCCCAGCUCUGAGGCAUCUGAGCUGGGCCUCAGUCAGCCUGUCAUCCAGCCAUUAUCCAUCCAGGAGCUGCUGCGGGAGGGCAUCAGGGGUAAAGGGCUGGACCUCCGAGGAGGCAGUCUGCUGAGUGGGAGCAGCGUGGCUAAGGCUGUGUGCACCCUGUCCACACAGGCAGACAGGCUGUUUGAGGAGGCCUCCACACAGCUCAACCUGGUGGCUCUGGUGGGCUUCCUGCAGCAGCUGCGCAGAGCAUCUCAGUCCCAGCUCUUCUCCUCUGUCACGGACACUGGGGACUACUCCCUGGCCAUGCCCGGAGAGGCCAAGUCCACUCAGGACCGGGCUCUCCAUCUGUUCCGUCUGGGGGAGUCCAUGCUGAGGAUUGUCAGGAACAAGAGGCGCCCUCUGCUGCACAUGAUGAGAGCCUGGAGCGUGGUAGCACCCCACCUGGUGGAGGCGGCGUGUCACUCGGAGCGGCAUGUAUCCCAGAAGGCCGUGUCCUUCCUCCAUGACGUGCUCACAGAGGUUCUGAGCAGCUGGGCUGAGCUCCCCCACUUCCACUUCAACGAGGCUUUGUUCAGGCCAUUUGAACACAUCAUGCAACUGGAGCUGUGCGACGACGAUGUGCAGGACCAGGUGGUGACCUCCAUCGGGGAGCUGGUGGAGAUGUGUUCUCCUCAGAUCCUGUCGGGCUGGAGACCUCUGUUCAGUGCUCUGAGGACGGUCCACAGCAGCAAGAGCGACACUAAGGAGUACCUGCUGGGGGAGUACUCCAUGGGUAAAUCCCAGGCUCCAGUGUUCGAUGUGUUUGAGGCCUUCAUAAACACAGACAACAUCCAGGUGUUCGCCAACGCCGCCACGGACUACAUCAUGUGUCUGAUGAAGUUUGUCAAAGGACUAGGAGAAGUCGACUACAAGGAGAUUGGAGACUGUGUGAAUGCGUCCGGGCACAGCUCCACAGACCUCUGCCUGCCUGCUCUGGAUUACCUGCACAAAUGCUCGCAGCUGUUGUCAAAGAUCUACAAGAUGCCCUCUAAGCCGGUGUUUCUGGGUGCGCGUCUGGCCAGUCUGCCCAUGAGGGGGCAGGAGCGCUCGGUCAGCAGUGAGGAUGGAGUGGACUGCGUGCUGCAGGAGUUUGAUGAUGACACUGGCCUGAUCCAGGUGUGGAUCCUCCUGCUCGAGCAGCUGACGGCGGCUGUGUCGACCUGCCCUCGCCAGCACCAGCCCCCCACCCUGGAGCUGCUUUUCACCCUGCUCCGAGAGCUCACCCAUGUGCCAGGCCCAGGGUUCGCCAUCUUCUCUGUCAUCCAGCUGCUGCUUCCUGUCAUGUCACUAUGGUUACAGCGUAGCCACGGGGACCACGCCUACUGGGACAUGGCGGCGGCAAACUUCAAACACGCCAUUGGGCUGUGCUGUGAGCUGGUGGUGGAGCACGUGCACAGCUUCAUUCACUCUGAUGUGGGCUAUGAGUCACUGAUAAACCUGAUGCUGAAGGAGCUGUUCAAACUGCUGGUGUCGUGUGUGUCUGAGCCUGCAGAGCCCAUCUCCAGAGUGGGCUGCUCCUGCAUCAGGUACGUGCUGGUGACCGUGGGCCCUGUGUUCACUGAGGAGAUGUGGCGUUUGGCGUGCUGUGCUCUACAGGAUGCCUUCUCGGCCACACUCGAGCCGGUCAAGAACCUGCUGGCGUGCUUCCACAGCAGUGCAGACAGCUCCAGUGCAGACGCCUGUGAGGUGAAGGUGGCUGCUCCCUCUCACUCUCCCUCCGCUGAGGCCGAGUACUGGAGGAUCAAGGCUAUGGCUCAGCAGGUCUUCAUGUUGGACACUCAGUGCUCUCCAAAGACGCCCAACAACAAGGACGGCUUUGAGCACGCUCAGUCCUGUGUCCUCAUCAUCGAGAUACCCGGGGACCAGCAGGCAAACGGGCACACGCACAAGAGGAUCCCGUUCAGGAACAUCGUGGUGUCGCUCCUGUCGCACCAGGUGCUCCUGCAGAACCUGUCGGACAUCCUCCUGCAGGAGUUUGUGAAGCAGCCCGAAGGUCAGGAGCGCGUGACCCCCGUGACCUCUGAUCCUAGUCGACCUCCCGCCGGCUUCCUGCGCUACAUCUCCAUCACCAACCUUAACAUCAUCCUGGACCUGCUGCUCGACUCCUACAGGACGGCCCGGGACUUUGACACACGCCCGGGGCUCAAGUACCUCCUGAUGAAGGUAUCUGGAGUAUGUGGAGCUGCUAACCUGUACCGCCAGUCUGCCAUGAGCUUCAACCUGUACCUGCAGGCUCUGCUGGGGGCCAUCCUGAGCCAGAGUGACUGCAUCAGUGCGCUACAGGUGAAGAAGAUCCUGUAUGAGGAAGAGGAGGGCAGCUCUGACUCCUCCCACCCAAACUCCGCCUCCUCUGAGGACGAGGACAUCUUUGAGGAGACGGCUCAGGUGAGCCCCCCUCGUGGGCGGGACAAGCGUGCCCCAUGGCGUGCCCCAGUGCCCUCCCUGAGCGUGCAGCCGGUGGGCGGGGCUGACUGGGCGUGGCUGGUGAAGCGGCUGUACAAACUGUGCAUGGACCUGUGCAGCAGCUACAUCCAGAUGCAUCUCGACCUGGACUCUGCCCUGGAGGAGCGAGCGGGGCUAGGAACCGAGCACCUCUUCUUCCUGCCAAUGUUCCACUCGGAGACUUCUACACCCACCUCUGUCGGGGGGUACUCUGCACGCGGUACUCCCUCUGAGGACUAUGGGUACAAGGGUCAUACUACGGACACCAGCACCGCCUCACCUGGAGACACGCCCACACCCAGCCCAGGGUUCAGUUGUAGCGGGAGCCUGCCUCAUCACUUCCGCACAGGCAGUGACAGCCGGGAGCCCGGGCUGAGCUCAGGGCCCGGCCUGAGCGCAGGCCCCGGCCGGAGGAAGGAGUGGUGGGAGAGCGCAGGAAACAAACUGUACUCCAUGGCAACGGACCGCACCCUAACCAAACUGAUGCUGGAAUACAAGAGGAGGAAGCAGCAGCAGCAGACGCCCCAGCAGAGCCACCUCAACCUCUUCAUGAAGGAGCAGGGGAGGAACACAGAGAAGAGGGGUCCUGUGGAGCCCCAAAGGCCCCUGCAGAGACCACAGAACCUCUUAGACCAGCAAGGGCCCGCCCUGAGGCACUCUGUGAGCGCAGGGCCUGAGGUGCUACGCCAGGACAAGAGGCCCCGCUCCGGCUCUACUGUCAGCUCUCACACCAUCUCCCUGAGGGACGCAGAGGCACAGAUACAGGCCUGGACCAACAUGGUACUGACCCUGUUGGACCACAUUCUGCUUCUGUCCACCGCAUCCUUCCUGGCCCUUCAGCCGGUCCUGUACCCGUGUCUGAGUCAGCUGACCUGUCAUGUGACCGACCCCCGCGUGCGCCAAGCUGUAAGAGAGUGGCUGGAGAGAGUGGGACGCCUGUACCAGAUUACCGCCGAACGCUGCCCCGAAAGCAUCAAGUAA